AUGAGUGAACAAUCAGAAAAAAACAGUUCUACUCCAGAGGGACACACAGGUCGAAGUUCUCCUGAGAAAAACUGUCAAAUCGGACAGAAGCAACUGCAACAGAUAGAACGGCAGUUAAAAUGCUUGGCGUUUCAAAACCCUGGACCACAGGUAGCAGACUUUAAUCCCGAAACAAGGCAGCAGAAAAAGAAAGCACGGAUGUCAAAGAUGAAUGAAUAUUUUUCUGUAAAACACAAAGUUAUGAAGAAGUACGACAAAAGCGGCAGGCUCAUGUGCAACGAUGCUGACCUGUGUGACUGCCUGGAGAAGAACUGCCUGGGCUGCUUCUACCCCUGCCCCAAGUGCAACUCCAACAAGUGCGGGCCCGAGUGCCGCUGCAACCGGCGGUGGGUCUACGACGCCAUCGUCACCGAGUCUGGGGAGGUCAUCAGCACGCUGCCAUUUGAUGUUCCUGACUAGGAGCUUUUACUUGUGGACUGAUUUGUAUCUUCUUCCUUAUAUUUAAGCCAACCUCUUUCUCUUGGAUGAGUUUUAGGGGUUGGGGAAAAUGUUGGAAUAACAUGCUUAAGACUCAUGUUCUCUGAAGCUGUAGCACAGUGGAGAAUGGCAGUCAUUCUCUAAACUUCUUACGGUGUCUUCUCAAAUUCCUUCACUUGUAACCAAAGAGAGUGACAGUGAGUAGAUAUC